AUGCUGUCACGUGUUGCCAGAAUCCCGAUCAAGUACGGGCAACAAUGUGCGUUGUUCUCCACAACAAAUGCUACAUUUACUGACAAAACUGUGAAGUUAUGGAUAGACGGCCACACUGUUGAGUCGAAGACUAACGACUGGAUUGAUCUCACAAAUCCCGCCACAAAUGAAGUGAUUGCACGGGUUCCGAAGACUACAAAAGCAGAAAUGGAAGCCGCAGUUCAAUCGUGCAAGAGCGCUUACGAUUCGUGGAAGAAAGUCUCACCAAUACAUCGACAAGAGAGCCUAUUCAAACUUCAAAGCUUGAUCAAACGUGACAUGAAGAAACUUGCUCAGAAUAUCACUGAAGAACAAGGAAAGACUUUGCCUGACGCUGAAGGUGAUGUCAUGAGGGGCCUACAGGUCGUCGAACAUGCUUGCGGCGUGCCAUCACUUAUGCUCGGAGAAACGCUUCCAAAUGUGUCUCGAGAUAUGGACACCAUCUCAUUCCGCGUGCCACUUGGGGUCACAGCUGGAAUCUGUCCCUUCAAUUUCCCGGCAAUGAUCCCGUUGUGGAUGUUCCCGCUAGCUAUCGCAACUGGUAAUACGAUGCUGUUAAAGCCUUCAGAACAGGAUCCGGGAGCAUGCAUGAUGCUUGUUAAACUUGCAAAAGAAGCUGGAAUUCCUGAUGGUUGCGUGAAUGUCAUCCAUGGACAACACGAUGCAGUGAAUUUCAUUUGCGACCACCCAGAUAUUCGUGCCAUAUCGUUCGUAGGAGCUGAUACAGCGGGUAAACACAUUUACGAGCGAGGAGCUAAAAGUGGAAAGAGGGUUCAGUGCAACAUGGGAGCAAAGAACCACGGAGUAGUCAUGCCGGACUGCAACAAAGAACAAGCUUUGAAUCAGCUGACAGCUGCGGCGUUUGGAGCAGCAGGGCAACGGUGCAUGGCACUUACGACGGCUAUUCUAGUAGGAGAGGCUCGCUCUUGGCUUCCAGACAUUGUAGAGAAGGCCAAGAAACUCCACGUCAAUGCUGGCUGGAAACCAGAAACAGAUCUUGGCCCACUGAUCUCUAAAACCGCCAAACAACGUGUUGUUGGACUUAUUCAGGGAGCUAAGAAGGAAGGCGCAAACGUUGCGCUAGACGGAAGUGACUUCAAGGUUCCUGGCUUCGAGAACGGUAAUUUCGUAGGUCCAUCUGUCAUUGCUGGCGUGAAACCAAACAUGACUUGCUACAAGGAAGAGAUCUUUGGACCCGUGCUUGUCGUGAUGGAGGCCGAAGACUUGAACGAAGCAACAGAAAUCAUCAAUAACAACCCUUACGGAAACGGAACUGCUAUCUUUACUUCCAACGGCGCUACUGCUAGAAAAUUCACCCAUGAAGUAGAGUGCGGACAGGUUGGCGUAAAUGUACCCAUCCCCGUACCUCUUCCCAUGUUCUCUUUCACUGGUUCACGUGGAUCAUUCCUUGGUGACAUGAACUUCUAUGGAAAGGCCGGUAUCACCUUUUACACACAAUGGAAAACUGUCACGCAAUAUUGGAAUGAAAAGCUGACGGAGAUCAAACCACAAAUGUCUUUCCCUCAAAUGAAGUAGACUGGAUAUACUGAUAGAUAGAUCCGUGAUGCUGACAAUCUCAAAUUUCUAUGCUGCUGGUCCCCUGUUGUCUGUUAUUUCAAAGAAAAAUUUGCAGACAUGACUGACAUGUCAAUAAAAGAUUAUAAAAGGAACUGAGAUCCAGUGUUUUUAUCU